AUGGAUACAGAUAGCAACAGUUAAUCUUUAACCUCAGUUAUCAAGAAUAAUUCAACUGCUAUGGUCUUAACUUAGCUAUCACCAGAGUUAGCUGAAUCUAUGGUUUUAUUCUCAAGCAAUGACCCACCACCCACCUAGCCAAACACAGAGUUCAAUUUGAAAAGUGAAGCGAUUGCUGAGGAGAAUUCCUAAGAGUGCUUUAGUGAUAACAAUUAAGGUAUGGAUGAGGAGGAAGAGGAUGAGUCUCAGUACAAUAAUGAAUUCUCAAAUAUCAAUUAAAAAGCCUUAAUAUAGAAAAAAGCAAAAAAAUCUUCAAAGAAAAUAGCUAAUGUCAUGUAGCUAAUGAAUCAAACAAUGAAUAUCACAGCUCAGAGUAAAUUUAUCAACGAUUCUGAAAAGUUUUUGGCUAGUAUGUAUAAACAGCUAUUCUCUAACAAAAAGAGAAAGAAAAGUAAAAGGAAUAAACAAGGAACUAAUGGCUAGCAAUAGCAUUUAUUAAAUGAUCCAAGUUUUGAGAUUAGAAACAUCAAUGCUAAUGUAGGUGGGACUGAGCUUAAAACAAAUCUAUUAUCAUUCUAAGCUGAUUACACGGAUAGUGCUAAUACUAAUACAUAAAAUAAUCAUUAGCAUUCAAAUCUACCAAUGCAUAUCUUGCAGCAGAGCAAGCCUCUAGAUGAGGUGUAGGAGUAUAUCAUAGAUGAAAGUACAGAUCAAUUUUCCAGUAUAUAACUACAAAACACAGCAACCACUAAUAGGCAGCUAAAUGAUUAUGCACUUUCCUAAAGAAUGCCAAAUGAAACAAUGAAUAAUACUUAUGAAAAGUAAAAAAAGAAAAAAUCUAAGCAAAGGAAAAAUAAGCAUAAAAAGAAAAAAUUUCUGAAUGAGAUUAAUUAGAACAAUAGUCUAAGUCUUAAGAGACCAGACAUCUAGGACUAUGCAUCAGCGGGAGCUAAUGAUAGAUUCUUGAUACAGGAUAAGUACAUAGCAAAUUAAUUGAAAACUGUGACUAAUAGAUUCAUUGAUGAUUCUUAGAAUUAGAUAAACUCAACAUUUGACUCAUAUCUAGAAAAAGAGUCAGACUAGUUAUUCAAAGAACUGACCUUUUAAAGUACCUAGAAUAGCUUUUUUAACCGAAGGAAUAACUAAUAAGAUAGACCAUAAACCCUAUUAGAUAUGAAGCAGCACCAAAUCAAUAAAAAUGAUUAUAUCAAUUAUCAAAUCAAUGCUGGUGAGAUUAAUCAACUUGAGCAGAUAAUUCAGAAUAAGCGAAUUAAAACAGCUGAGAAGACUUCAAAAGGAUUUAAAAGGAAUAGACUAGAGGCAUUAUUUGCAAGUAAGAAUACCAGUAAAAAGGGUUUGAAUAACACUGCUUAUAUGUCUGCAAAUCCACAUCUAGCUGAUGACAACAGUCUUGGUAGCGAUGGAGUCUAGCUGUUUAAAUAGGUGUCUCUCCCAGUGCCUCAAAGCAGAAACUAAAGCAACAUUGGAGUUGAUAGGGAAGGUGUAGCAGGUAUUGUGAACAAUCUUUAAUUUUCCGAUAUCAAGUCAAUUGACACCACUACUAAUAAUACUUAAAAGAAAUCGACCAAUCGGAUGCUCCCAAUGGCUGAUUGGAAUAAUAGACUCUAGCAUCUGCUAUUGAAGUCAACCCCAAAGAAGAAUUGUUUCGGUUGCAUUCCUCCAGAGGAAAAGGCAGAGCAUUAGUUUCACAGCUUCAGCAAUAUGACCUAAUAUAAUACACAUCAUCAUCAUCAACCGACAACCGCUUUCAGUAACUAAGAUAGAUCUAACAGCAAUUUAAGACAAUAGUAGUAACAUCAGAGACAGUAAAUACCAAUGACUUCAAACAAUAAGGUAAGAGCUAUCAAGACUCUUAGAGAAGAUAACAGUACCACUAAUACUAUCAAGAACACUUAUAAUCAGAUUGGUGUCUCUUUUAAUACCUCAAAUCUAGAUGUGAGCAUCAACGAUAGCAGCUACAAUAUGAAUAACUAGAACAUCCAUACAUAGAAAAGACGUAUACUUAGUAAUGAUAUGGAAAAAGCAGGUAACGCUGUUACAAGGAAAUAAUUAUAGAACAAAGAAGAUAUUAUGAAUAAUACAAUGACUACUUUAUUAAACAAUGCAAGCUACUUGUAAGGUAGAAAUAAAUUUGUAAAGUUAAGGCCAUAGGGUGGUGGUGGUGGCACAGUAGAUAUGGAGAAGAUAAGCAAGCUUGCAAAGCCAAAAUAGAACAGGAAUGUAGAAGCUACCUAUUAAAGCAAUAAGACUACGACAAAUACAAGCAAUUCUAAGUUUGUUAAUAAAAGAUAGUAUUUUCUCAAAGACAGCAUUUCAAAACAAACAGAUAGUAAUUAAAUAAAUAAUCUGAAGAUAGACAUACAUAAUCGCACUACUAUCGUCAACAACUAGAUAUUCAGCAACAAUGAAAACUCAAAGAACAGCAUAAUUAAUAAAUUCAUUUAAGAUACUCCUAUUGAUUUAGAGCCAUCAGUUGUCUAGAACUAAGCAGAAAAUGGGCAACAGUAACAUGGAUUAGUCUUAAAGCCACUAGAGAAGUUAAGUCAAAAGAAUAAAUACUAUCAAAGGAGUCAAUUGUCAAACCAUCAUCAUGAUCACAGCAUAGACACUGAGCGUACUGAAAUAGAGGGCUACAGAUAGUUUAAAAUAGAGUAGAUGAAGAACUACAAAUAUCAUGAACGGAGGAGAUAGUGUUGUCAGCAGGUAGACCACUAGAGAUCGGUUGAGAGUCAAGAUAGACAGUAUAAAUCUUUGGAAUUAGGUCAGAGAUCUCAGAGCAGAAGUUUGAACUCAAGUCAAAUGUCCAUUCGAUCCAACAGAAAUCAGUCACCCUUAUUACAAUAAUCUAAGAGAAAAUUUGUUAAACUAGUCUAGGGAAAGAUUAUGGUUGGCAGCAGAGCCAUGUCGAUUGAAGACUUUCACAAGAUGCGCGAUGUUUCAUAAAGAGAGAGCUAGAAUCUAUUCCAGUCAAUCACUACUAAAGCCAAUGCUGGCAUUAACAUUCAAGAGGAGGAGUACGAUAGGUUCAGAUAGAGUUCACCUAAUCAAAAGAAUCAUUAGGAAAGUGAAUCCUUGCUAGUCAAGUUCAACACUAGCAUACAAACUGACACUUCAUUUUUCAACCAAGCGACAAGCACAGACUGGACUGACUCACAACUCUACCAGAAUAUGAUAGAAGAGAACCCAAAUUACAACGAGGAGGAGCUAAUUCAAAUGGUCAUAGAGCAAGAGCUGGAGAAAGAAGAUGAAUAGGUAUAGGCUGGUGCUCGUACCACUCUUUUCUAUCACUAUAAGAAGUCAAGAAAGAUAUAUUCAUAGAUUGAAUGUGAGUAUCAUGCCAAUAUACUCAAGAAGAAAUUGCAUAGAAAAGAUCACUUUGAUGAGGAGCAUCUGUAUGAUAUAUACUUCAUAGCACUCAAGACUCUAGGAGCUUUGAUGACACUCCUAAUGCUGUAUCCUCAGUGGAAAAAGAUUGAGAGACUGUAUGGCACAGAUGAAAGUCAGAUUACAGUGGAAAACUGUAUAAAAGUUUUAGUUAGAGCCAAGAAGAUGUAUGAAGCUCGUACUAUUAUGAUCAAGAUUAUAAAGCUUGUAAUUGAGCGAGAGUCUCUAAAGAAAAAGCUUGGAAAAAUGAGAAUAGAAUAACCAUCAGAAGGAGAUGGAGCAGUAACUAAUUAAGAGGAGACUACCUAAUCUCUACAAAAAGUAACUGGCAGGAUUCUAAGUUAGAUAGCUAAUCUCUAAGAAGAACAUAAAAUAUUCAAAAGACCUUUCAUUAUGAACGGCAUGGACUAUCUAGAAGAACUUAAGAAAGAAUUCAAUGAGUUGCAAAGUUAAUUCAAAGCUAAAUAUUAUUUGGAGUUCAAUAUCUAAUCUGAAAAUGAGACUUUUCAAGUCCAGGAUGACUCCAAUGAGUAACUCGCACCGUAGCAAAUUGUUAAAGACUAAACUAUAGUGAAAUCAGAAGAAAUUCAGCAUGCAUAGAUAGAGGUUAAUAACCCUGAGAAUUAGAAUUGA